UUUUUUGUUAACAAAACAAUUCAAAUCGACAAUUCUGCAUCAUCAUCAGGAUUCAGGAGCAGCAUCAUCAACAGUGAGUGUGACCGAUGAGUUCCUCAGAAACAUCUAUGGAAACAACAAUCGACAAAGAUCUUCAUGUUACAUUUACUCAUAUGAUGUAUCACUUGCUUCCAAAUCCAUAUGAGUCUCAAGAAAUCAAUCACCUCACUCUCGCUUACUUCGUUAUCUCUUCCAUUGAUAUCCUCAAUUCUCUCCACUUAGUUGAGAAAGAAGCUGUUGUCAAUUGGGUUUUGUCUUUCCAAGUUCGACCUGGAACUACAGAUGAUCCUAACAAUGGACAAUUUUAUGGAUUUAAUGGUUCCAGAACUUCACAGUAUCCGCCAGAUGAGAAUGGGGUUUUUCGCUAUAACAACAGUCACUUGGCAAGUACUUAUUGUGCCCUAUCCAUAUUGAAAAUUGUUGGUUAUGAUUUGUCCAGUCUUGAUUCUGAAUCGAUCUCGACUUCCAUGAAGAAUCUUCAACAGCCUGAUGGAAGUUUCAUGCCGAUUCUCACCGGGGGUGAAACAGAUCUUAGGUUUGUAUAUUGUGCAGCUGCCAUUUGUUUUAUGUUGGAUAAUUGGAGUGGCAUGGACAAGGAAAAAGUCAAGGAUUACAUAUUAAAUUGUCAGUCUUAUGAUGGUGGAUUUGGAUUAGUUCCUGGUGCAGAAUCUCACGGUGGUGCAACUUACUGUGCUAUUGCAUCUCUCCGGUUAAUGGGAUUCAUUGAAGACGAUGUUCUCUCAAGUUGUAAUUCGUCAUCUUUGAUAGAUUUGCCAUUGUUGUUGGACUGGAUCUUGCAGAGACAGGGAACUGAUGGUGGAUUCCAAGGUAGACCUAAUAAAUCUAGUGAUACAUGUUAUGCAUUUUGGAUUGGAGCCGUCUUAAGAAUUCUAGGAGGCUGCAACUUUGUCGAUAAUAAAGCUCUACGCGGAUUUUUGCUUUCCUGUCAGUACAAGUAUGGUGGUUUCAGCAAAUUCCCCGGAGAGUUUCCAGAUCUGUACCACUCCUACUACGGAUUUGCUGCUUUCAGCCUGCUGGAAGAAUCCGGCUUGAAGUCACUUUGUUCUGAACUUGGAAUUACUAAUAUAGCUGCAAAUGGAGUCUAACUUAGAGAUUUUUUGUCUUGGUCGCCCCCAUACCCGAGUGCUAUGAAACACCGACUUUCUGAGGAUUAGAUUUGUCCCCCGUGUAUAACAUGGAUCAGUGUCCAACACCCGUACAAUGUGUAUGCCUUUGUCUAUCACAAAUAAUUUUUUUAGCUUUUUUUUUACAAACAUUAUCCUAUACUAUAAACUUUUUUUUUUGACAAAUGAUUUUAGUUUAAAUAGGCUUUUGUAUUCGAAAUUAUAAUAUAUUUGUUGAGUAUAUUAUAGUAUUGCAACAACUGUACUUAGCUGCCAUUAUGCAUACAUCUGAUACAAAGAGACAAGUAAGGAUUCUGUUUUAGGAAGUAGAUCAUUCCAGACCUUGACAUAAGGAAUUACAAAUUAACUCUAAUUCAUUGUCACAAUGAAUGCUAAAAGUCAACUAAUAAUAUACUACAACUCAUUAAGCCGCAACAAGCUCGGAUAGAGUAAUUGGCUGGCUGUGAUUGUGGAUUAUAUCCGGUAUGCCGAGAUCGACGGCCCAUUUUAUGGACAUGGGUCUCAUGAAGCUGAAAAUUUGAUUGUACAAGUUAGCUUGAGCUUGAAAGAGCUCACUUGCUUUGUACUCAUUCUUAGAAGCCAUGAAUAAUUUAUUGAUUCAAUUGAGUUCUUUUUGUGAUUAUGUGAAUGUGUUAUGCUUUAUAUAGGCACUAUUGUACUAUACAUGCUGAAUAAAAUACAUAUUACUUC